AUGUCCCUUCUCUCAGCUAAACAAAGGUCUGAUCUCAACACUUCAAUACUCAACUAUUUAAAACCAUUAGUAUCCCAAGACUGUAUCACAAACUUACAACAAGAAUUACAAAUAGAUGAACUAAAAGAUGAUGGUGAUCUUUUAACCAAGAAAUGGAACGCUAUAAUACGGCUACAGAAGAAAAUCAUCGAUUUAGAAUCCCAAGUUGACCAAUUAUCGAAACAAUCUACAAAUUCUUCAUAUCUAACUUCAUCAAAUACAAAUUCUGAUUUGGUUAAACUAAAUUGGGUCCCAUCAAAAGUUAAAAAAACUUUGAAUAACGAGAGUUCAGUAACUUGUGCUGCUAUACAUCCCUCAUUACCUCAAUUAGUCAAUGGUUGUUCGGAUGGAUCCUUCACUGUAUGGAAUGUAUUGGAUUUAGCUCAACCUAUUGACAUUAUACAAGCUCAUACGAAAACUUUGAAUAAAUUGGUAAUCUCACCGGAUAAGUUGGAAUUUAACAAUAAUAAUCAUGUUAUGGUAACUUGUGGAUCAGAUCUUUAUGUAAAAGUAUGGGAUUGCUCCAAUUACAAACUAUUAAGAACUUUAACAGGUCAUGAACAUGUUGUUUCCUCAGUCGUUUUCAAAGAAGGUUCAAGAUAUAUAUUCACCUGUUCUAGAGAUACCACAAUCAAAAUAUGGGAUUUAACAAAUGGGUGGUGCCUUAAAUCUUUUAUAGGUCAUUCAGAUUGGGUAAGAACUUUAGAUUUAACAGCAUCCGAGUAUUUGUUAUCUGGUUCAAAUGAUCAAAGUAUAAGAUUAAGUCAUGGUGAUUCAGGUACCGGGUUGGGGAUAAUGAUUGGUCAUAAUCAAGUUGUGGAAGUGGUUAAAUUCUUGCCAACUUUAUCAAAUCAAUACGUUGAUAAAAUGUUGACAAAUUUAGAAUCAGUGGAUCAAGAUUCUUACGAUAAAUUAGGUUACAAAUAUGCCGUAAGUGGCGGUAGAGAUGAUACAAUAAAGAUUUGGUUAUUACCAAUACCCAUAAUAAGACCUCAUAAUCACCCAAUACCUUCUUCGAACCCUCAAGGUACUUUGAUUAAAACUUUAAUUGGUCAUAAAUCUUGGGUCAAAGAUUUAAUUAUUCACCCGAAUGGGAAAUUCUUAAUUAGUUGCUCAGAUGAUAAAUCUAUUAAAAUUUGGGAUUUAGAAAAUGGUGAUUGCCUAAGAACUUUACAAAAUCAUCAUAUGGGGUUUGUAAAUUCAAUUGCAUUUGCUCCUCCAAUUUUUGAAAAUCCAAAUGAUCGGAAAACUCAUGAUCAAGCUUUAAUUAAUGAAAGUAUGAGAUGUUUAUUCAUAUCAGGUGGUACUGAUCAACUAGUUAAAGUAUGGGAAUAA